AUGCACUUGAGGCCCUCAGCUUUCAAACAGAACGUCGAUGCGAAUUUCGGUACUCGUCAAAUGCUUGAUCUUACACUCUACUAUCCCUCCUUGAGCCUGUCAACCAGCGAGGUUACUGUAGCCAGUGGAAGAAGUGCGUUUGAGAUCACGUGCACAUCGGUCACCUGUGCAGGAUCAUGCCAGCCCCCGGGUGAGGUAGAGACAUGUCAGAAUUUAAUGCUCCUCCGCACACAAAUCCACGGCGGUCCCACGACCCUCGUGGCUCAGCGAGGCCAACUGGAACCUCUUUGGGCAGAUGUCCUCGGCGAUCUCAAGGUCCUCGUGGACGAGGAAUCAAAAAUGGUGGUGAGGAUACCGAGAACACACACGUAUGCGGGCCAGUACCAAUGCGGCUGCGAAGCCACCGACGCCACCGGAACUAUUAUUCUCUCGGUUCCAACUACGUUCAGGAGUACCGACUUUCUCACGGAGGCCAUUUUCCAACGCAACUACACGGUUGUGUACAGAGGGAAGCAGCAGUACCUGAGAGAUGGUGGUGGUGGAGUGAUUGAGCUGGCCACCGAGGGUAAGGGCGCUUUCUUCCACAUGAUGGCAAGUGGAAUCACCUUGGCGCCUAAUCUAAGAACCAGGGUUGAGUGGAGUGAGGAGGGCAAACGCAAGACCCACGAGACUGUGAUUUGGCGUGUAAGUCUCACAUUCCAAAAUGUUGUCUCUACUAGCUACGCAUGCGAUGUUGGCAGGAAAUUUUGUAACGACUUAUUUGCUGCGUGUCUGCUAUCGCACUCACCGAGCCGUCUCUUUCCACAGUACUCGAGGGAGGAAAGGGUGAAACUGUAUCCGGACGUUGAAGCCCUGACCAACUGGACAGAAUUGGCAAAUCGUGUGCAGGCACGUGCCGUCUAUCCGGAUGCAAGGGAAAAUGAGACGGUGAUUUAUCGAUGGAGUCUGUCCAAUCAAAUGCCCGGUUCUGAUGUUACCGAUGUGUUUCAUCUAGUCGGUUUUCACAUAGCUAAUGUCUCCACAAUAGGAUUUCGUUAG